CUGGUGGUUGGCGUCCGAGAAAGUUAGGCCUGUUUUGCUAUUUUCAGAACUUAGGUUCCAUUUGUGAAAUUAUGUCGAAUGCAACAAAAGUUGCCAGAUUUUUUGAGUUUGGCAAGAAGAUAAUAUGUGUUGGUAGAAACUACAGUGAACAUGCUGCAGAACUGGGCAACCCUGUCCCCAAAAAGCCAAUCCUGUUCUUGAAGCCGACCACAGCGUAUGUGACAGCAGGAGAUGCUGUCAAGAUUCCCAAAGGGUGUAGCUCAUUACAUCAUGAAGUGGAGCUUGGUGUUGUGAUUGGCGAGAAAGCAUGUGACGUAGCUGAACCCGAUGCCAUGAAGUAUGUUGGGGGCUAUGUGUUGGCGCUGGACAUGACCGCCCGGGACUUCCAGGACGAGGCUAAGAAGAAGGGACAGCCAUGGACCAUGGCCAAAGGAUUUGACACGUCAUGUCCUGUCGGCGAAUUUAUUGACAAAUGUAAAAUUCCUGAUCCGAACAACAUUCAGCUGUGGUUGAAAGUCAACAGCGAUAAGCGUCAAGAUGGAAAUACGAAAGACAUGAUUUUCAAUAUACCGUAUCUGAUAAGUUACGUGAGUCAGUUUUUCACGUUAGAACCUGGUGAUGUGCUACUGACUGGCACGCCCUCUGGUGUUGGGCCUGUGGUGGAAGGGGACGUAAUGGAAGCAGGAAUUGGAAAUAUAUCCACCAUCAAAUUCUCAGUGGAGAAGAGAUGAGAAUAUUUCCACCAUUGACCUAACAUAUGUUAUGCAGAAAUUUGUUAGAAAGUGCAUGGGUUGAUUUUUCAGAUUCAGAAUAUGAGUGGAUGAAUAUGUGUGGUGGUAAUUGGAGAGUCAAAAAGGAUUCAUGUAAUUAUUAAGUAUAUAUGGUGACAUGACGACCUGACGUACAGUGGAAACCUCUCCAAACUGGACUUGUCUUAUCUAUAUUCCUGUGUAAUCAGGCCAAUGCUAUGGUUGAAAGUUUCUAAGUAAUCAUACCUCAAUCUACGUUCUGCAGACUGAAUUCCAACUUACUUUACACUGCAAUUACAAUGUGAUUCUUAUCAUCCAGAAAUUACACUGGUGUGUGUGGGGGUGUGUGUGGAAGGGUCAUCUAAGGAGCGGCAGUUCAGAAAGAUUUGAAUAGAGUUGUGUCCCUUGUCAAUACAGCAUUUCCUCAUAACAGCAAUAUUACCAGGAGUCAUGGAGUAGGGACCAAUUCCACUUUACUAUAAACAAUCUUAGGUCAUCAGUCAGCUGCCAGUGACCAAUCAUCUAAGGAUCGAGACACCUCAACUUUUGAUAGAGAUACAGAAAGGUCCAUACAAUGUUGAGCAGUAUUUCAUAACUGUUCCCUUGUAUUGCCUCCUAGAAUCAGUGCUGCAUUUAAGCAGUAUUUAGACAGCUGCUUUUGGGUGUGUGUAUAAAUAUGUAUCAUCAUAGCUGUACUCAGAUUCAUAUAAAUACCCAGGAUGUGAAGCUUAAGUUGUUGUUUUCACUGUUGAUGAAGUAAAUGAUAAAAUGGUAUAAUAAAAAAUUAUGAUAA